AUGACGCUUCUCUCCAAGUCGGUGGUGGCGUUGGCCGCCGCGGCCCCUCUGGCCAGAGCCCAGCUCUUCCGGAAUGGCUCUGUCAUUGCCCCCUGCGACUCAGCCAUCUACUGCCACGGCGAAAUUUUGAGCCAGAUCCAGCUCGCUCGCCCCUUCGAAGACUCCAAGACGUUUGUUGACAUGCCCGCCAAGAGGUCCUUGGAGCAGAUCCAGGAGUCAUUCGACGAACUGGAGAAACCGUUGACCAACAACACGGCAUUGAACGACUUCCUCGCGGCCAACUUUGCCCUGGCUGGCGGCGAGUUGUCUGAGGUGGAUGACCUCGAGACGGACGCCCAGUUCCUCGACAACAUCAACGACACUGUCAUCCGCGAAUUCACUGAGAAGGUCAUCGAGAUCUGGCCCGAUCUGACCCGCUCCUAUACUGGCGCCGGCAGCAAUUGCACCGACUGCCCCAACAGCUUUAUCCCUAUCAAUCGUACUUUCGUCGUUGCCGGAGGCCGCUUCCGUGAGCCCUACUACUGGGACUCGUUCUGGAUUCUCGAGGGCCUGCUGCGUACGGGCGGCAGCUUCAUUGAAGUCUCCCGCAACCAGAUCGAAAACUUUCUCGACCUCGUCGACCAGUAUGGCUUUGUCAUGAACGGCGCCAGAAGGUACUACCUCAACCGCUCACAGCCGCCGCUGCUCUCGCAGAUGGUACGUCUCUACGUCGAUCACACCAACGACACCGACAUUCUGGACCGGGCACUGCCGCUGCUCAUCAAGGAACAUGAGUGGUGGACUGUCAACCGCACUGUUGAGGUGUCCAAGGACGAUCGGACUUAUCAGCUCAACUUGUACAACGUGUCGAACACGCAACCCCGUCCCGAGUCCUACUACGAAGACUACACCACCGCAUCCAACAGCUCCUACUACGCCGAGUCCGGCAUCAUCUACCCCGAGACCAGGGAGCUGAACGACACUGAAAAGGCCUUUCUCUAUGCCAACCUCGCCUCGGGUGCUGAGAGCGGCUGGGACUAUACCUCGCGCUGGUUGUCCAAGCCCAACGACGCUGUUCGCCAUGUUUAUUUCCCGCUGAGGUCGCUUAACAUUGUGAACAUUGUCCCCGUCGAGCUCAACUCAAUUCUCUAUUGGAACGAGGUCACCAUUGCUGGCUACCUCAACCAGACCGGCAAUGAGACACAGGCUGCAGAGUGGACCGCGCUGGCUGCCAACCGUAGCGAGGCUAUGUACAACCUCAUGUGGAAUGACACGCUGUCUGGUUACUUCGACUACAACCUCACGUCUGGAGCCCAGGAUACGUUUGUCCCUGCGGAUGACGACACGACCGAUCUUGAAGCCACUGGCGCCCCGGAAGGCCAGCAAGUAUAUUUCUCCGUGGCACAGUUCUACCCCUUCUGGACCGGCGCCGCGCCUGCCCACAUCAAGAACAACCCGCUCGCUGUCAAGACGGCGUUUGAGCGGGUCGCCACGUACCUCGAUACCAAGGACGGCGGCAUUCCGGCGACGAACCUGCGAACUGGGGAGCAAUGGGACCAGCCUAGUGUGUGGCCUCCUCUGAUGCACAUCCUUAUGGAGGGGCUUCGCAACACACCGGCCACCUUUGGCGAGUCGGAUCCCCACUACAUGGAGGUGCAGGACCUGGCCCUGCGUUUGGGCCAGCGCUAUCUCGACUCGGCCUUCUGCACGUGGUACGCCACGGGAGGCUCGACAAGUGACACGCCUCAGCUUGAGGGAUUCGAUGAGCGCGAGGUUGGCAUCAUGUUCGAGAAGUACUCGGACAACUCGACCAACCAGGCCGGUGGCGGUGGCGAGUACGAGGUUGUCGAGGGUUUUGGCUGGACUAACGGUGUGCUGCUGUGGGUCGUCGACACCUUUGGCAACAACCUCACUCGCCCUGACUGCGGUGACAUUGAGGCCGCCAAUGUUCAGCCGUCGAAGCGCAGCGCCGUUGAGCUCCACCGUCGCGAUGCUGCCUGGACAAAGAAGUUUGGUAGUCGUAGUGCGAAGGGCAAGGCGAAGCGUUUUGCCAAGCUGGGAAGGUAUUAA